AUGAAAGACGGGCAGGGGGACCUCACGCUGGAAAAUAUUGCGAACGUGAAGAUUAAGGCAUAUCGAAAUAAUAGCAUUUAUGCAAAUGACAAAGCGGAGGAGGGAAAGAAGGACAAGCGCGACAGCUUCUACAGUGUGUACAUUCUGACGUACAUAAAGCACAUCGUGCGGAUAAAGGCCAACUUAGCUCUGCACGGGGGGCUUUACAGCAACUACUUUGAGAAGUAUGAGGAGGAGUCCAUCUCGAAUAUCAUGCUGGAGAAUUUGCUCUCCAAGGAGGGGCGCGGCAAGCAGGGUUGCGCUGGCAAACAGGGCGGAAGCGGUAACUCGAGUGGAAAUAACAAACAGGGCGGAAGCGGUAACUCGAGUGGAAAUAACAAACAGGGCGGAAGUGGUAACUCGAGUGGAAAUAACAAACAGGGCGGAAGCGGAGAAGCAAAGGGGCAGGAUAACCAGGAGGAGCACAAGGAUCUGAACUACUCCAUCAAGGAGCUCCUCAAGAAACUUAUCAAGUCGUACAAAAUCAGGGAGAACAAAAUUUUUCUUGUCACGGGAAUGCUGGGAUGCGGAAAAACCACCUGCGUAAGUUUGGCCAUCGAGUACUUUAACAAAUAUUUACAAAUAGAAAAGAACAUGAAUCGGACAAGCGACAAACGGAGCGUGGGGUUCCUCUCAGCGGAUGACAAUGUGAGUAAGAAGUUGUACAAGAAGACGCCGUAUACCGUGAAAAGCUACCAGAAGGAGGAGGUCUCCAGCUACGAGUCGUCUCCGGAGCACGCCAGGAAGAAGAUUAAGAUUCACUGCGACGAGCCACUUUUUAACUUCACCCCGAAGAAGGGGGGCAAGAGUGGCAGUAAGAGUGGCAGUAAGAGUGGCGGCAAGAGUGGCGGCAAGAGUGGCGGCAAGAAUGGCGACGAACGUGGCGGCAAGAACGGCAACAGGGCAGCCGCAAACGGAUACAGCAGCUACGACUAUGAGAACGUCCCAUCCGAUGAUGAGCCGAUCCAGGGGAUACCCCACACGUGGGAAGAAAGUGAAGCCAAAAUGAAUGCGCAACAAAUCAACAUGAACAUAAAGAACAUAUUCGAAAACAACGACCUGUCCCCCCUGAGAAAAAACACAAACAUACGCAACAAAAUUCAGUUUGAGGAACUGUUGAAGGAGAAUAAUCGUUUACCCCAAGUAGACACCCGAAGUGAUGAUGAGAAUCCCGAAUUUAAUGAAAAAUAUAAAAAAAUUGUAGAAGAAAUAAAGAAGGAAGAAAAGGAACAGAGGUGCAUUUACACCAUCAGAAUUAGUGCAUACCUCUACAGAGACGAUGUGCAAUGCAUCAGGUCGAUUCUGAGCCAACUUCAAAAUUAUGUGGAUGAAGCAGAAUCAAAGUUGGAAGGUAAUUUGCUACUAAACGAUUAUAUUAUCAAAUUGGAAAAAUUACUCAUCCAGAUAAAUAAUGAAAAAAAACAAACUCUCCUCAUUAUCGAAAAUGUUGAAAAGUUUUGUCUACAAACUAAGCAAAAUUUGUUAUAUACUCUCUUCGACUUACUACACAGAAAAAAUAUUUGCAUUAACAUCAUAUGCCUGACAAACGUUUUGGAUAUUACUCAAACUUUGGAAAAAAGAAUAAAAUCAAGGUUCACAUUUGAAAUGCUGCAUAUUUCUCCCAUUUUGAAUAUCGAAGAAAUUUCAAAAUUGGUUUACAAAAUAUUGUAUGUAAAUUUAGACGACUUCCACCUUAUCAAGAAAUACUACUCUGUUUAUUUUACUUACGUAGACUUGAUAAAGAUCCAAAGGUUCUUGCAGAUUUAUAAUUCCACUAUGCAGAAGGAGAUAGCCGAUGGGCUUCUCCUAAAGCAGUGGUCCUACGACAUCAACUAUGGACUCGACAUCAGGCAUAUCUACCACACUUGUGUGGAUGCCAUUUUGUCUAUAUGCGAGUAUAGACAUAUUCUUAGUGGAGAACGGGGCGGAGAUGGAAACCGCCAAGAAGGGGGGAAUAACCUCCACAAGGAUCCCUUCCAGAAGAACGCUCUUCUGGACUCCCACUCAGAACAUACUUCCUCAGCAUCUGAUCAGGAAGGAGAAUACUUCAAGAAGGACACCUCAAAUUCGAUCGAUUGCGAGGUGAAUUUACAUGCAGAAGGGGAGGCCUCCCAGUAUAAUCACUUUUUGGAGGGGGAACAGUUGAGAGAGGCCUCCCCAAUGAAGGGUAGAGGUAGCAGCGUGAAUGAGCAUAGCCAACUGGGCAGUGAAAAAUUGGGCAUUUUCUCCAAGGAGAAAAAAACUAACUUGGAGUACCUGCGAGAACAGAGACCAGGGAAGUUAGACUGCACCCCAGUUAAGAGAAACCUCCAACAAGAUUUUACAGCGGAGGGAAAACAUGCGGGAGGUCGAGAUGGACAAUUCCAUCUAGAUAUGAAUAUGGAUAUGAGUCCAAGGAAGUUAAAGGAAAAUAUUAAAUUAAAAAGCAAAGUCGAAAGUCAAUACAUUUUAAACAACGUACAGUCCAAGUUCAUCAGGAGACACUACAUAAAAAAAGUGCUGCGAGAUCUGUGCACCAUUGAAUAUAUGAUCCUAUGUGCAUUCACAAGGUUGUACAAAAAAGAGUUACUUCCUAAAACGUUGUAUGUUAUUUUGCUAGAAAUUAACAAAUUUAAACAAGCCUAUCCGCAAGAACAGAUUGUUGGUUUUUCAAUGGAUGCCUACAGACGAUCCUUCUUUCGCCAUUUGAAUAUUAAAAAUUUUAGUAACGACUUGUUUGGUCUACAUGAGCCAACCAAGUUCCCUUGCUACGACAUCUUCCUUGAGAACAUUGAGUCAUAUAAUUUGAACCACAACUUGAUUCAGUGGGUGAAGCACAACACGGAGGUGAUGCAGUGA